GUUAACAGGCGCACCGAGGCCGCUGUGCUGGGAACGGGAGAAGGCUGAAAUGGGAGGGCCCGUGAGGAAGCUGCUGUAAUCUGCACGACGCUCGGUGCCUUGGAGGCGGGAGCAGUGGUUAGAAUCUGGAUAUGGCUUAAGAAGGGAACUGACUAUACUCGCUCUUGGAUUGGAAACCGGCGAAAGAGAAAGAAUAUACAAGGAUGACUCAGAGGCUUUUGUUGAGCGGCUAAAACGGGGUUUCCACUGACUGAAGUGGAGAAGAGGUUUAUCCGAGUGGGGUGAGAACUAGAUUUUGAUACAGUAAAUCUAUCCUUUUGCUCAAUUUUCAACUCUACUGCGAGAAAGAACCAUGUUCACGCUGUUCUUAGAAACAGUUGAGCCAGUGGUGGUGGAGGCCGAAGGCCCUGGAACCUUUUCCUUCGUGUGGCAGCCACUUCUCUCUCCUGUGGAGGCUCAGUGGUCUUAAGAAAUCCAAGAGAUGAUUUUGAUGAGGAAGCGUGGUCCAAACCCACCCCAGUGCCAUAGCUGAACUCACUCAGUCAUAAUCAUGCAUCUGGUCGGUCAGCACCUGCCCUACUGCCGGGGAGAGAGAACCCAGAUAACAAUGUCAAGUUUACCAGACCUACACGAUGUGGACAUCACCAAUUACGUGUCAAUGUUGUAUCUGGAAACCAAAGUCUCCCAGGACUGGGGAACAGCCCAGCCACAGUUUCUUAAGCAAUACCACGAUGAUGUACACCUCUCCCAAAAAUGUAGAAUAGCACCCAUUUCCUCCAAAAUCAUCUACAGAGGGUAUAAUCAGAAAACUUUAACUUUCGUGUUGUCUGAACAGUUCCAGUAUCCUGGAAGAAAUAAAAUAAUGUGCACGCCUGGAGGAGCAUGGCUUCAGGAUGACCAGGAAGCUGUGGGACUCAGCCUCAGCUCCCAGGAAGACACAUCUGCUGGCAACAAGGUUAGUCUAGUGCCACCUGCUGGAGAAGCCACUGUGGCCUCAGCUGAGCAGCUCCAGGAUCCCGUCCUGCCCUGCAGAUCUAUCCCAAGGACCUAGAACAGAGCCGGGCAGAGAGUUGGUGCUCAAUACAUAGUGGUAAUGAAUAAAAAUCCCUCAUUGCAGCCCUGUGAGGAAGAUAGAUUAUAAUUGAGGAAAUUGUAGCCCGAGAAGUUAAGUGAGGGCCGCAGGGUCACGUGACUAGGAAGUGGAGGGUCGGGGUGAGGGUGGAACCUCCUUGUUGGUGACAGAGCCCAGGGUCUCGGCCACUGUGCGGUGCAAUCUUGUUUCCCCUCAACCUGCUCCAGGGACCUAAUGACCCAGAAAGGCUGGUCCCGGCAUAACAGCCCCACGUGCUGGCAUGUUCCUGCUUCAAGCUCCAGUGAUUUCCCUUCAACUGUUACUACCACUUCCCCCCUUUCUCUCUCUACCCACUGUCCUGCUGUUAAACCCCACUCAGCCUUUAAUGCCCAGCUGAAGCCCCACUUUCUUCUGAGCCCUCAGGGAUCUCCCUUAUGCUAAGUACCUGUACCAUGCCUUCAACACUCACCAGAGAG